GAAAACUGCCGGAGGAGGGCAACCAGCCUUGCGAGCGUCGCUCGGUCGCGCGUGUCCCUCCCUCGCCUCCCGGAGGUCCCAUCUCUCCCUCCCUCUCUCUCUCCUUCCCUCCCCCUCCCCGUAACCCUAUCUUCCCCACCAGUCACCCCCUUCCCUCUUGCCCUCCUGGCGGCGGCGUCGGCGGCGCGUGUCUGACUGGGAGCUUUAGCGGCAGCUCGCGGAGCCGCCGAUUUGGACGACGCCGGCGACCAGGACCUCACCGGCAGCAGCGCAUCUUAUCCAAGUUUGCAGAUUUCCCCUACAAAGUCCGAGGUGGGAAGACUCUGUUCCAUCAUCACAACCCUGUGGAUCAAUUGCCACCAGUCUUUGGGUUGCAAAAUCUGGACAGAGCCUUCUGAAGUUCGACAGUCAUAUCAUCUCAACUGUACAUUGCCGUGCAAGAUGCCAAAAAUAAAGAACCUGUCUGAUGCAUGUAAAGUAUCAUUUUCUCCAGAUGGACCUAUAUCUGAAGAAACACUCGAGAGAGUUCGUGCACUGUUAGAUGAGAUCAGACCUUUAGAUCUCGGUUUAGAUAACGAAGCACAAAUUGCACGUACUUGGAAUAGUUCUACGCGUCAACAGAAUGGGAGGCGAGGACGCGGUGGGCCUAAUCAGUACGCGCCCACAAUCAAAUAUCUGCACAUUCAUGAAUGCGAAAGUUUCUCUAUGGGUAUAUUUUGUAUGCCACCGUCAUCAGUUAUUCCACUUCACAAUCAUCCAGGAAUGACUGUGCUGAGCAAGCUUCUCUAUGGCAAGCUGCACGCCGAAUCGUAUGAUUGGAUUGAUGUAGCUGAUCCAACUGACCCGUUAAAGCCAAGACCAGCAAGGUGUGUGAGAGACCGUGAAAUGACUGCGCCAGAGACAACCAUUCUUUAUCCUGAUAGGGGUGGUAACAUCCACACUUUCAGAGCCAUCACACCUUGUGCGCUCUUUGACGUCCUUUCUCCACCAUAUUCUGCUGAGAAUGGGAGAGACUGUUCAUACUUCCAGAAGUCUUCAGUCAAGGAGCCAUCUGUUGUUUUGCCGAGUGAAAUAGAUAGCUCAGAGGUAGUCUGGUUGGAGGAAUUGGAGGACCAUCAGCCUCCGGAGGGCUUUGUUGUUGCUAGAGGUUUGUAUAAAGGCCCUGUGAUAAGGAGAUAGUUAGGUUUUUAUACCACUUUUGCCAAUGGAUUGAGGACGCAGAAGGCUCCUAGUAUCAGCUGCAUGUGGCUUAGUAGAGCAAGUAUCAUCCAGGCAACCUGCAAGCAGCCUGCGGUUUACGUUGUACACACACGACCUGAUGUGGAUGAAUGAAGAGCGUUUGAGACCGUUUUCAUCGUGCCUUGCUCUGUACUGGAGCAAUGCUGCUGGUCUGUGAUGUACCCACGUGGCUCUUUUAUCAGAUGGAGGCCUUGGAGUAUAUACUUCUUUUGAGAAGAUGAGAGUUCUUGCCACGCUGUAUUAGGUAGAACAAGUGGCAUGGGCUUCUCACCUAAUGAUUGUUUCAGAAAAAAGAUUUGGUGUGGUGAACCGAUUAUUCCGUGUCAUUAUGUAAACAAUCGCAUAAACAUUCUUUGGGAUAAAACUGUCUUUGCAAAAACUGACAAUGCGGUGUAUGCUGUUAAGAGUCUAGUAACCACUCCUUUCCCUUCCA